GGUGGGUUCAUUGAGAACCGCAUCGGGAACCACAUCGGGUACCUCAUCGGGAACCAGUUUGUUGUCAACGUCGGAGGGCAUAAACCCUAGACCUUCACAUUCUGACGUCCUUUCCCAAAGUAGCUCUCGCAUUGUUCUCACAGCCGCCUUCCAACAUGACGAAGGGAACGGGUAGUUUCGGUAAGCGCCGAAACAAAUCGCACACACUUUGUCGGCGAUGUGGGCGUCGGAGCUUUCACAUUCAGAAGAGCCGGUGCUCAGCAUGUGCCUACCCCGCUGCAAGAGUCCGAAGCUAUAACUGGAGCGUGAAGGCUAUUAGGAGAAAGACAACUGGAACGGGACGCAUGCGUCACCUUCGCCAUCUUCCCCGCAGGUUCUCUAACAAUUUCAGAGAGGGAACCCAGGCCGCUCCCAAGAAGGCGCCCGCUUCAUCCUAGAUCGAAAAUAGAGUCCUACAGUGCAGUACUUCGUGUGGGACGUGCACUUGUGUGGUUCCUUCAUUGUCUAUUCUGGGAUGAGCUUUUUGAGAAAGUGAAUGACGGUCCAUUAUUUUAUUAUCUGAGAAUCAUCGUAUCUUGUAUGUGUCAAAAUAAUGCGUGCUUUAUUUCCCUCUUGGAAAGUUUCUGUCGUUGCCAUUUCUCUUGUGUCCUGUGACUCGAAUAGAUUGAUGUUAAUCAGGCACUGAAGCGGCCCUACUUGUCCACAUUAAUACUCCUAGUUAUGGGGGUAACGCACUCCGUAGCCUUGUGAAGACCGAUGCAUGGUUGAAGGAAGUUUGGAUAUGAAUUUGAAUAGGUAAACCUCAUUUGUUUUUAGUGUUGACAGUUCGUAGUUAGUGGACGUCCCGAGAAGAAGGGAUGAAAGUGUCGUUUCGUACCUCAGUAGUAAAGACCCUGAUUUCCUGUGCA